GUAACAGUGAGAAUAGGCCUGUAUGUCGUCAUAAGUCAACUGCUGUGUCUGACAGUACCUUUAUGCCUUUCUGUUUAUGUUUUGUUAUAACGCGUCACUAUUUUUAUAAACUCAAGAUAUACUACUAAUCUUUAAAAACUUCAUAGUUUUGAAAACUGCAAUGUCUGAAAGUGAUAUCAUUGAGCCACUUAGUGAUUCGGAGCAUAAUGGAGAGUAUGAAGAUCAGGUUGAGGAGGAAGAAUUGAUUACCGCACAAAAGGUAUUAGAGAUUGUUGAGACAGCUUGGCAAAAUGAAUUGUGUGCACCAGAAAUUCUACAACAUCAAGCCGACAUGUUGGAAUUGAUGCUCGGUCAGGUAGCACAUAUGGAAGAAAAUAUGAAAGAUUUGGAUAAAAAUGAUUUUCGAUUUAUCGUACAUCAAAUGGAAUUAGAACGUAUACGUUAUGUGAUAGCAAGUUACCUGCGUUGCCGGUUACAAAAAAUUGAAACUUUCACGCGGCAUAUUCUUAAUGAAGAGGAAUCAAGAGAUGUAUCUGAAAAACGACUUUCGGCAGAAGAAUCUAAGUAUGCACAAGAGUAUGCGGAUAAUGUUGAACAGUAUUUCCAACAUGUGGCACUGCAAUACAUGCCCAAUAUGCAGCGAGCCGAGGCAGAACAAAGAAUAGUGCGGCCGAAUCUACUGAGUCAUGUGUUCAUUAAAGCUAAUGUAGAUGUUCCGGCUGUUGUUGUUGGUGUUGACGACGAAGAGGUAGAUUUGACCGCUGGAUCGCAACAUAUAAUACCUUAUCAACUUGUAUCAGAUUUAAUACAUAAAAAUCAAGCACAGCUAAUAUAGUUGUGAUAUUAUAUAAUAUAUUAGCAUAUAUGUAAAUAUGGAUAGAUGUAAUAUUGUAAAUAUAUUAUAUGUACAUAUAU